AUGGAGGAAGAUUGGGCAAAUACUAAGGUUUUUGUUCAAUUUCUUAAGACUUUUUAUGAAGUCACUUUGAAAUUUAGUGCAUCAAAACAUGUCACUUCCAACACUUUUUUCCAUGAGAUUUGUUCCAUUCAAAGACAGUUGAGUGAGUUGUGUGAAAGUAGUGAUUGCUUGUUGUCGACCAUGGCUUUUGGGAUGAGAAGGAAGUUUGAAAAAUAUUGGGGCAAUAAGGAAAAUAUUAACUGUAUGUUGUUUAUUGCUGUUGUACUUGAUCUUAGAUAUAAAAGGGACUAUCUUCGGUACUGUUUUAGCAUGGUUUAUGAUGCUACCACAGCCUCUAAGUUAUGCAAAAAAGUGGAUGACACAUUGUCUAGUUUGAUGUCCUUUUAUGGUAAAGGGGUUGAUAAUGAAAAAAAUAGAGAAAUGGCAGCAAAUACUCCCAAAGAACGACCUGUUCAAGCGGUCAAUGAGUUGUUAAGUCAAUUCUUGAAGCAACGAGGGGCUAAUAUGGAGAAAAAUGACCUGGACAGGUAUCUAGCUGAUGAGAAUGUAAACCCUUUAACCCCUGAUUUUGAUAUUUUAGAAUGGUGGAAAGAUAAUAGUAAGAAGUUCAAGGUUUUGUCUCAAAUUGCCCGUGACGUACUUGCUGUUCAAGUCUCCACAGUUGCUUCCGAGUCAGCUUUUAGUACUGGUGGUCGCAUUCUAGAUCCAUUUAGGAGUUCUUUGAAUCCUAAGAUGGUAGAGGCUCUUGUUUGUACUCAAAAUUGGUUGAAGUCUACACAUGAUUCUAUGCAAGUAAGAGACUAUUUGGAUGACUUGAAGACUUAUGAAAAUCUAGAUAACUCAACUUCAUGUCCUACUACAACCAUUGAGGAGCAUAUGAGUGUGGAUUGA